UUCAAAGUUGUCAACCACAAAAGUUGCUGCGAGGCGGCAAUACGUGCAUUCUUCCCACGAGUGUAUCGGAGUACGAGAUGUCCUUCUUCACGGCUCCAGCGUCGCAGCGGAAACGCAAGAGGCCCACCGAGAAUGCAGGCAAGCCUAGAAAGAGACGGGAUGCAGACAGGACCGAAGCACGCGACGAGGAAGAUGAGCGGCCACAGCGGAAGACACCACGAGCUCGAAAGCAGGAGCGAGACGAGUCGAUUUCCGGAAGUGAAUCGGACGAAGAAGUCGAACACGAGACCGAUGUCGAGUCAGAAGCCACCUCCGAAGAAGGCGAGACCGCCGCCGAGCGCAGAGUGCGGCUUGCACAAAGAUAUCUGGACAAUAUCAGACAAGAGGUGGAUGAAGUUGGCUUUGACGCCGAAGAUCUUGACAGAGACCACAUUGCACAGAGACUCAAGGAAGAUGUGGACGAGGCAAAGGGGAGACAGUACAGAUUGAUUGCCACAAGCCUAGACUUCGCCAAUGCCAGUCAUAGCAGUUUUCGGGCAGACACUGAUAGCACCACAGGUGUUGCAGUGUGCGCGCCAUACGUAUAUACUGUGAGCAAAGACAAGACUUUGAUAAAAUGGCAACUACAACCACCGGUUACGUUGUUCAGCAAUGGCUCUGCAGCGCCUCGAAGACGACGACCGAAGCAGUUGAAGUACGUGAGGGGAGUACAAAUCAGGGCUUCAGCUCCCCAACAGCACGGUCAUACCGGUGCGAUACUAUGUGUUGCAGCUUCACCGGACGGGAACUAUGUGGCUACCGGCGGAGCGGACAAGAAGCUGAUCAUAUGGUCUGCGGAAGAUCUACGGCCGUUGAAGACAUUCACGACCCAUCGAGAUGGCGUUACUGGUCUGGCUUUUGCACCCAACUCGGCUACACAGACUGGAUUCGGAGCACAGCUAUUCAGCGCAAGCAUGGACAGAUCAUUGAAGACAUACAGCUUGGCUGGAGAAGAUAGUCUUGCAUAUGUCGAGACACUAUUUGGCCAUCAGGACCACGUAGUCGACGUGUCUCCGGUGUCAGUCGACCAGUGCGUGACAGUCGGUGCACGAGAUCGGAAAGCUUUGUGGUGGAAGGUUGUGGACGAGUCUCUGACGAGGUUCCUGGGUGACAGUUCGAAGAAAGACGAGUAUCAGACCGGAAGCUUGGAUUGUGUGGCUGCGUUACCGCCUUCAAAUUUUGUGACAGGCUCUGACUCUGGCGCUAUCAGUCUUUGGAACGUCCAUAAGAAGAAGGCACUGUUCACGAUACAAACUGCGCACGGGGUCGAAGAGCCGCCGCCCUUCGAAGAAGUGACCGCUGAAUCGGAUCCUGCCGUGAUCGAGAGACUGAAGAAGCUGGACACGAGGAGACCAACCCCGCGGGGCGUUACAGCACUAGCUACAGUCCCGGGUACUGAUGUUGUUCUCAGCGGAAGUUGGGAUGGCUGGAUCAGAGUGUGGAAGCUCAGCGACGACAAAAGGUCACUGCUUUCACUGGGUACGAUUGGAAAAUUUGAGGGGAACGGCUCGGAUGCAAUUGAGCAGGCGCAUUCCACGCCAUCGAGCACACCGUCCGAAGUCGACGGAAGUCUACGGGAAGAGGCAGCUCCUGGACUUGUCCGAGGUAUCAUCAACUCUCUGGCUGUAUUCGAGAGACGGAAGGAAAUCACAAAUGAGUUUGGAGGAAAGAAAGAGGGUGGAUGUGUGGGUAUUUGCGUCGUGGCUGGUACAGGCAAGCAGAUGCGGCUAGGAAGGUGGAAGAAGAUGCCACAUGGAAGGAAUGGCGCAAUGGUGUUCGAAGUACCACUUCGAUCAGACAAGCAGUAAUCUUCGCACUGUUAGAAUAAAAC